UCAGGAGCACUGGGCAAUGGAAUGGACAUGCCUCACCCAGUAGCACGCCAGCGCUCCUCACUACAAACCGAAUCCGUUUUGCGCAGCUUCAAAACGCUAGUAUCUAGACGCCAGUACCCAGGCCAUACAGGACUGAGUCGACCCCAUUAACUUGCCAGGCAUGCAGAAGCAGCAUGGGCAACGUCAAGAGCAGACUGCACCGAAGUAGGUCGUCGUCGUCGACCCCGUACAUCGAUCGCUCGUCGACCUAUCCGUGUCGCCGCAUUCGCGACGUGGGGCGGCAGAAGUCGGAGAGCGAGAUAGCGAACAGCCGUCUAGGUCGGUUUGACAUCAGUCGCGGUGCGUCCUUGCUUCCCUUGGCGCUCCCCAGCAGCGGCAUUCUCCUAGGGGGGCUGUGCUCAGGCGGCGUGCACCAUGACCGCGCCGCCUCAUACAGCGAGCGCCACAGCGCCGUGCCCGGUUCCGCGUGUUCGUCUCCGCGCUCCCCGGGACCAGCUGCUCGUCCACCGACACCCUCCCAUCAUGAAAGCCCUUUGCCGGACUUAGAUUCGCUGACACAAGCUUGUGACGGGAAGCAUAGCACGGGCUUGUUCUACGACGAGCAGGGAGACGCGGAGGACCACCUACCACCGUACCAGAAUCGAAGCGGCUUGGCCCUGUGCCUCCCGUUCGAUCUCUGCAGCCAGUCGCGUGCCUCCAGCGGCUGCAGCUCUCCAGCCGCCCUCGUUUUCCCCGCGCAGCCCGGCGAGUCUCUUUCCAGAUACGACCCCACAGGCCAAACUCUCGGUCGCGGCGCCUUUGGCACCGUUCGCGUGUGCCGCGAUUCCGCAACAGGCGGCGAGGUCGCCGUCAAGACAAUAUCGAAGCGGGUAGCGGCGCUCGAGAAUCCGGAUUUCGCGGAAGACCUUCGACAGGAGGUGGCGAUCAUGCGGUUCGUCUCCCAAAAUGAAGUAGUCGGCGCGGUGCGGCUGCUAGAUGUGCGGGAAUCGCGGGAGCACGUGCAUCUGGUCAUGGAGCGAUGCAACGCCGGGUCGCUCUCGGCCGUGAUCAAGUCGCGGCAACGGCUACUGGAGCAUGAGGCCGCUGACGUCAUCAGGCAGCUGCUGACGACAGUGGCAGGGCUUCACAGCCUCGGGGUGAUUCACCGCGACUUAAAGCCCGAGAACGUGCUGCUGUGCUACUGCGGCAGCUGUCGCGUCACCUGUACAGCGAUAGACGAAUUCACCGGUGAUUGCGGCGGCAGCGACGGCGCAGCGCGCGAGGGCAGUAGUUGCUCGAGCAGUGAGAGCUCCAGCGGUAGCGGCAGCAGUAGUCCCUGGCUUCCCUCUUGCCCGAGCAGCAGCAGUUAUGGCGACAGCGAUUGCACCAGCGGUGGUUGCAAUCCGCCCAACAGCCACAGCAGCGCACGGGCGGAGAGCGAGUGGCGCGUGAAGAUCGCGGAUUUCGGGCUCGCUGUCCGCCUCCCCGCGCCGUCCGCGCAGAUCCGCGGGGUGGCGGGCACGGCGUUCUACAUGGCGCCAGAGGUGGCGCGCGGGCGGCUGUACGGGCGCGAGGCGGACAUGUGGUCGCUGGGCGUUGUGCUCCACGUGCUGCUGUCCGGCCGCCUCCCCUUCUACGGACGCACGGACGACGAAACGCGGAAAAGGGCGUGUGCUGGGCACGUGAUGUUUUCGGACAAGCACUGGGAGGGAGUGUCAGGGGCGGCGCGAGAGGCCGUGCUGCAGAUGCUGACUGUGGAGCCGCGGUGGCGCGCCACGGCUGAACAGGUGCUGCGCUGCGACUGGCUGAGGGAGACGGAGCAAUGCUGAGUGGCGGGCGGGGAAAUGCGCAAUGGGAACAUCUCUUGGUCGCCCCCCAAUACUCCUGAACGCACGCCCCUCGGACUGACACCACUGAGCUGGACGGGCAAGGCUGUAGCAGGGAAUAUGGUUGUAGCAUGGGGGGCUGUUCAUUGUGCCCCCCGAGUGGUCAUACUCAUAUCUGCCUAGCCUGAGGGAGAAUUCCUACAGAUCGCGUCAGACUCGCGACGAACCGAGACGCACCGCAUGGAAUUGCGAGAUAGAGCCUGUGCACCGCGCAGGACCGCAUGAGUCUGAUGCGAGGUAAUAGGAAUUCGCCCUGAGAGCCAAGCUUCAGCAAGUGGGGCUGAAGCAGCCUGUGUAUCAUAGCGUUAGCAGUGUAUAUGCUCAUCUCCAGAUGUAGCGCUUGUAACUACAGGUGGAUGAGAGUGCGGUGUGCUCUCUGUACAUGUACCUUGUGAGUACACAUGGCAUGUCAUUCGUGUGGCAGCUUGAUCCUUGUUACCUGUCAUGUCAGUCAGGAGGGCACUGCCCGCCUGCAAGGCAGGGUUGUUAGGAGCUAACUGUCAAACAUAUGCAUAACUCAUGUUUGUAUA